AUGAGAAGUCUUCAAACUAUCCUUAAAUCUCUGCUUCUCGCGGCGACAAUUGCACAGACAGCUACAGCUCUACCUGCGAACCUGACUGAACCGGACGGCACUGAUGUUGCCGCGGGGUGGACAUUCCAGUUCUAUAAAGAUGGGUUGUGUAAAACCCAAAUUCAAAGUGACGAGGGAAGCACAAGCGAGCCUUGUGACGCAGUUCAAGGGCAAGCGAAUUCUUACAGUGUCAUUUCCAGCACGGAUCCUCAAACCGGCGUCAGCUUCGCCUUGAACCUGUAUUCCUCUCUUUCAUGUCAAAACACUAUCAUUACCGACAAUGGAAAGGCUGGAACAUGCAAUACUGUGCUUUUCGAAAGCUGGAAUAUCGUUUUUACUUAA